AUGUCAGCUGAAAAAAAUCUUUCAGACCAAAAUUCCAUCCAGGCUGACCUGCCGGUGGUGAAGACAGGGAUGGUGCUGGAGGAGCACCAGGUUAGGUGCAGUCCGGAGAGGGAGGUGAAGGUGCGGGUGCGCAUCAGCCAAGCUGUGCAGAUCACUUUCCGUGGUUGUGUGCACCGCCAGGAGACGAGUGUCGCCUUUAAGGGUCUGAUGGACUCCUUCACCUCUGGUGAGGAAAAGGAGACCGACUCCCUGAAGGAGAAGAUGAGGUCCUUCACCUCCACCAAAAUGAAGGAGAAGGUUUCUGCCACCUUCUCCUCCCUCAACGUUACAGACGAGGUCUGCUCCCCCUCCUACAUCAAUGAGGUGUGCACCCCCGACCCCUUCUGCAAGGAGGAGGGGUCCUACUCCUCAUCCUCGGAGGAUAAAAAGGAGGGGUCCUCCUCCUCAUCCUCGGAUGAUAAAAAGGAGGGGUCCUACUCCUCAUCCUCGGAGGAUAAAAAGGAGGGGUCCUCCUCCUCAUCCUCGGAGGAUAAAAAGGAAGGGUCCUCCUCAUCCUCAACAUCCUCCUCCAAGGAUAAAAAGGAGGGGUCCUCCUCCUCGGAGGAUAAAAAGGAAGGGUCCUCCUCAUCCUCAACAUCCUCCUCCAAGGAUAAAAAGGAGGGGUCCUCCUCCUCGGAGGAUAAAAAGGAAGGGUCCUCCUCAUCCUCAACAUCCUCCUCCAAGGAUAAAAAGGAGGGGUCCUCCUCCUCGGAGGAUAAAAAGGAAGGGUCCUCCUCAUCCUCAACAUCCUCCUCCAAGGAUAAAAAGGAGGCGUCCUCCUCCUCGGAGGAUAAAAAGGAAGGGUCCUCCUCAUCCUCAACAUCCUCCUCCAAGGAUAAAAAGGAGGGGUCCUCCUCCUCGGAGGAUAAAAAGGAAGGGUCCUCCUCCUCCUCAACAUCCUCCUCCAAGGAUAAAAAGGAGGGGUCCUCCUGCUCCCACGAAGAGGUGUGUGCCCCUUACCAGUUAAAGGAGAGUGGGAUAACUGGGGUAUUUCAGGCCGGGGCCAAUAGGAAUUACAUUGAAGUAAUUGUAAUAAACUGUCGUUUACACAGCCCCACGCCUCCCCGUUAA